UGGACACGGGAGCGCCUCGUUCACGUUUCUCGCUGCAACGUGUGAGCAUGAGAGUUGGGCAUGAUAAGCCUCCAAAAGCUGCAAUCGGUAAAAUUAAACGCCCCAGGUUGAAAAAGGGAUCUAAGUCUAAACUUAUGAAGAAACUGUUGCAACCUAAACCAUUUCAACACAAGAAAAAUCAGUCUACUGAGAUUAAAAAACAUGUGAAAUCCGACCUCACACUGGUUGGUGAAUCGAGUAGUUUUUUGACAAAACCUUCACCUGAACACCAGUUUGAAAUGCCUAUGAAUGUGGAAAACAGUGAUGCAGAAAAUGAAGUCUUACACGAAGAAGAAAAAAAACAUUCCUCUUCCAGAGGUAUUAAGGCGAUGGACUCUGUAAAAAUGAGCAGAUCUCAGAGGAAACGGCAACGAAAACGAGAAAUAGUGAAACUACAAAAAGCUGCUAGAGCUUCUAUUCCGAAACCGGAGCCGAAGGAACCACGUACAUCAUCGAGUAUUGUAUUUCCAAAACGUACCGGUUAUGUAUCAACCUUGGAUGAUGAUGAGAAAAAAUUAGAAGCAGUUCGAAACCGUCUAGCUGAAAUGUAUCAGUACACACUAAUUGUGCGUCCAUUGCCAAGAAAUUGUCCUGCAAGUGUGGUCAGGGAUCUUUUCCCAUCAGCAGUCAGUGUACGUAUACCAUACCAGCGCAGUACUAGAUAUGGUUUCGUAAGGUUUCGCAAUCACGAUGAAAUGUCCGCUGCCCAAAAGUCAGUUGCUGAUAAACUGUUGGCUGGUAAACAGAUCAUUGUUGAAAUUUGUUCACCACAUGGACCUGGUGGUAUUGAUUCUAGCAAAUGGGUGGAACCAUCUCAAAGACAGCUUUCAGAUUUCGAUUGGCGUAGUCUACAUGUAACUCAGUUACCUCGUGCCACCACUCGUUUUGACUUAGCUCAAGUAUUUCCGAAGGCUGUUGGUAUCCGUAUGCCAACAUAUGAUGACGGUUCCUGUCGGGGGUUCUGUACGCUAGUUUACAAAUCGCGUAUUUGUGCGCUAAGAGAUUUUGAAAUGAGGCAAGGGACAUUCGUACAUGGAGAACCUAUCUAUGUUAAUUUCGUUGUCAAAAGCAAGAAGAAAGCAUCAAUGAAAAGUGCCAAACAACAGUUUUCUGCUGUGUGCGACAUGGAGAUAAAUAAUAAUCUAACACCUUAUAAGGACAAAUCGUCAGGUAAUCAUCCAAUUCCUAUGUCUACUGACUCACCUGAUCCCGAGUUUACAAUCGAUAAAGACCAGGCGUUGAAGACAAAUCCUCAUUUGAUUUAACACGGAAAAGAAGUUGAAUACUGCAACAGUUCAAUGUAAAGCGUCUGAUCCCAAAUUAAAUAAGAAACAUCAAUUAAAAAUUAAAGGUGUGAAGAAAAAGUCAUCGACAAACAUUUUCGACUCUUUGUUUCAAUCUCCAAGUGGAUCAAAUGAUAGAAAGAGAAAGAAAAGCACAAAAUCUAGUAUGAAAAAAGGAAAGAAGUCCAAAAAGUAAAUUUUGGAAGGGGAGUUACACCAGCUUAUCGACGGCUAUUGGGAUUGAGUUAGAUAUUUUUUGUGUUUGUUAUAUUAUAUUAUCAAAUGAGACAUUCGUUAGAGUUUCACUUCAUUAACUUGAAGGCAUUGGAAAUGUGUAUGACAAUCUCAGUAAAAAAACAAGCUACAUUUACCUUGAAGAGAUACUCGGAAAAUUCAUAAGACAAGUAAAAUGAGGGAAUAAGCAAAUUCAUUGAAACUUCUAAAGAUCGAAACUUCAGGUGUCAAAUUCUUGUACAAUACAGUAGGCUACAAAUAUAGAUUGGAAUUAACCA